CGAAUCACAAGGGGGCGGGACACUCCCCUCCGCGACGUCCGCUCCCCGUUAGAUCCCUGGAUUCUUGACAUGGCGUAAGAGAGGAAGGAUCUAGUUUGGUGACGGCGUAAGCAAUAGCGGCAGACUUAUUGGUGUUGGCAGGAAAGUUUGAGUCGUGGUUUGUGGAGCAACAAUUCCAGCUUGGUUUCUCUCGAAUCGUGUUUGGAAAAAAUUGUUAAAUUCAAGAUGAUGUCUGAUGCAAGUGAUAUGUUGGCAGCUGCUUUGGAGCAGAUGGACGGCAUAAUUGCAGGCUCCAAGGCACUAGAAUACUCCAAUGGUAUCUUUGAUUGUCAGUCACCUACCUCUCCCUUCAUGGGCAGUCUACGAGUACUUCACCUUGUAGAAGAUCUGCGUGGCUUGCUGGAGCUGAUGGACAAUGAAGAAAAAGAAAGCCUGCGCUGUCAGAUCCCUGAUUCCACUUCUGAAAGUUUGGUUGAAUGGCUGCAAGGACACAUGACUAAUGGACACAUUUCUCUUGGCAAUGAUGUGUAUCAAGAAAGGUUAAAUCGGCUGGAGAGUGAUAAAGAGUCACUUGUUUUACAAGUUAGUGUUUUAACUGAUCAAGUGGAAGCACAAGGAGAGAAGAUUAGGGAUCUGGAUUUUUGCCUGGAGGAACAUAAGGAGAAGCUGAAUGCAACAGAAGAAAUGUUACAAGAGGAGCUUUUGAGCAGAACUGCCUUGGAGACCCAAAAGUUGGAUCUUAUGGCUGAAGUUUCCAAUUUAAAACUAAAACUAACUGCUAUGGAGAAAGACCGACUAGACCUGGAUGAGAGGUUCAAAGACAAUGAGUCACUGCAUAACUUAAUUUCUGACCUCCGAGACCAGAUGGAGACCUUGGAGGUGGAACUAGCCCUUUUCCAAGAAAAGAGGUUACAUUAUGGUGAUCAAGAGUGCCUGAUCCAGGAGAUAAAUGAGCUGACUUACAGAAUAACAGAAAUGGAAAAUGAAAGACUCCAAUAUGAAAAGAAAUUAAAGUCAACAAAGUCACUUAUGGCCAAAGUCUCUAGUCUGAAAAUCAAGGUGGGUCAGAUGCAGUACGAAAAGCAGAGGAUGGAACACAAAAACCAAGCAUUGAAGGCUGAGUUGGAAAUGUUGAAGGAGCAACUGGAACAGAAAGAAGUGGAAGUGAAAAGAUUGCAAGAGGACUCUGGCUUAAAGAACAACGGAUCUGAUGGUGGAGAAAAAAAUGAAAAGGAUGAAAAUGUAAAAAAGAAGCUGAAAGAGAAAUACUUUGAGGUACAGAAGAUGAAAAGGGCAGUUGAGUCAUUAAUGGCAGCAAAUGAAGAAAAGGACCGAAAAAUUGAAGAUCUUAGGCAAUCACUGAACAGGUAUAAGAAGGUGCAAGAUAUGGUAAUAUCUGCUCAAGUAAAAAAAGAGAAACUUAAAAGUGAUAGUGAAGAAAGUCAAAGUGAUAGUUCUGCAUCAGUUUCUACAGCCAUUUCAGUUGCUGUAGAGUCAGAGAAAUCUCCCUCACCAGCAAGAACAAAUGAAGAAAUUUACUUAAAAACAGCUGAAGAGGUUCCUCUUCAGAUUCACAGAAGUGUCCUGCAGGUUUCAAUACCAGUUUUAUCAUCCACACCCAAGGCUUCCAGUGAAGAUGAAUUGAAUCAGUCUACAAAUAAAGAGCAGGAGUUUAGUGAAAUAACAUCCCCAGAUAUCAUUUCCAUAAUUCAAGAAACUCGUUUGUGUGAUAGUCCUGUCUCUCAAAAUAUCCUGAAAUCAAGCAGUCUGGAUAAUCUGAAGAGCAAUGAUAAUGAAAAGACAUCUACACAAGGCCGUCAGAAGCCGAUGGAGAAUAAAGCUUAUGAAGAAAUCACAAAACUGGGUGGACUUCCUCCAAAGUCUCCAAAUCAGACUGGAUCUGUAGAAGACGACAGCUUUGGGAGCCGAAAAGCCCGGGCUUCUUUUGGGCGUGGAUUCUUCAAGAUCAAAGGGAACAAGCGGACAGCAAGUGCCCCUAAUCUAGAUCGCAGUCGAAGUGCCAGUGCACCUACAUUAGCAGAGACAGAGAAAGAUGUGAGUGAUCGUCUUGAUCUGGCAGGACUUCCUCAAAGAUCUGCAGAGUCUGAUAACUCAAACUUUUCACCUUCAUCUCCGGAGUCAAAGAAGAAAACCAGUGGAUUCAAGAGGUUUUUUGGAAAACUUAAAAGGAGUCAGUCUACUACAUUUAACCCUGACGAGAUGUCUGAAACUGAGUUUAAAAGAGGAGGUGUUAGAGCAACUGCUGGACCAAGAUUGGGCUGGUCUCGUGAUCUACAGAAUGCUAACAAUGAACUGGAUAUGCCUUUUGCAAGAUGGUCUAAAGAUCAAGUGUGUAACUGGCUGCAGGAGCAGGGCUUGGGAAUGCAUGUAAAUUUUUCCAAACAGUGGAUUGUUUCAGGACAGACUCUUCUACAGGCUUCACAACCAGAUCUUGAACGGGAGCUUGGAAUUAAACAUCCUUUACAUCGGAAAAAAUUACAGCUGGCUUUACAAGCACUUGGCUCAGAGGAGGACGACGACAAAGGAAAGCUCGAUUACCACUGGGUGACUCGAUGGCUUGAUGACAUUGGACUUUCCCAGUACAAAACUCAGUUUGAUGAAGCAAGGAUAGAUGGGAGAAUGCUCCAUUAUAUGACUGUUGAUGAUUUGCUGUCCUUAAAAGUUGGAAGUGUGCUUCAUCACUUGAGCAUUAAGAGAGCGAUUCAAGUUCUACGCCUUAAUAACUACGAGCCCAACUGCUUGCGAAGGCGUCCUUCAGAUGAGAACAAUAUCACUCCAGCAGAAAUCUCACAGUGGACAAAUCACCGUGUAAUGGAGUGGUUGCGGUCAGUGGAUUUGGCUGAAUAUGCCCCAAAUUUAAGAGGAAGUGGAGUACAUGGAGGAUUAAUGGUGCUGGAGCCUCGAUUCAAUGUUGAAACUUUGGCUCUGCUCUUAAACAUUCCACCUACCAAAACUCUGCUUAGACGUCACCUGGCCACUCAUUUCAAUUUGCUUAUUGGCACUGAAGCCCAAAAACAGAAACAGGAGUGCAUGGAGUCUCCUGAUUACACUCUGCUCACAGCUACUGCAAAGGUUAAGCCCAGAAAGCUUGCAUUUGGAACAUUUGGGAGUCUCCGGAAAAAGAAGCAAGAUGAUGGUGAAGAGUAUGUUUGCCCAAUGGAUUUGGCCUCACCUGUACAAAGUAGUUUUCAUAAAGGAUAUAAGCGUGGCAUGGAGGUUCGUUUAUAUGAUGACGACCUAGACCGUCUGGAACAGAUGGAAGACUCGGAAGGUACAGUCAGACAAAUUGGAGCAUUUUCUGAAGGCAUUAAUAACUUGACAAGUAUGCUGAAAGAAGAUGAGUUUUUCAAAGAGCUUUCUACGUGUUCUCCAAGUUCCAGUGUAAUGGAUGAAGACUCAAAUGUGUGACAAAGAAAUUCAGUGAAUUGCAAUUACUAAUAAAAAAACAAAAAUGGCUGUGAAUGAAAAUUAUUUAAAUGUAAUUAGUCCUCAUUAUUAUAGUGCCCCCUGUACAGACUGUAAAAAAACAGGCAUUGCACGUUACAAAUACUGGUUUGUAUUUAAAAGUCGAGCAUCUAAUGUCUUUAUUCUCAUUUGUAAUAUGGUUAAGAUGUUUUUCCUGGUGGGGAAAUAUAUAUGCAAGAAGGAAUUUUGACCUGCUUAAAUACUUAUUUGCUGUAUUGACUUGCUACAAGGAUAAAAUGGGAUAUUAUU